UAACUAUUUUUAUUUCCAUAGAAACUUUAGGUUUUGUUUUUUUAAUUUUUUACCAAUUUUGGAUUUUUUUGCUAACAAGUUUGCUAAAAAGUGCCCAGUCAUCAAAAUGUCGUGCCGAGUCACAAGAAGUGGGAAAAAAUACGUCACGUCAGAUUCUAUUCGUCGCAAAGAGAAAGCAAGAGAGAGUCAGUCAGCUCUCUCAAAAACUGCGAGAAAAAGGCUCGGACUCUGGACGAGCGGCGUGGAAGAGAGUUCGCUAACCGAGGAAUCGGUUUUAGAAGAAAUUUUUCAACUUUCUCCAGUUUCUCCCGUCAAAAGAUGCCGGGAAAAUGUAAAACCAUCAACUGCUCUUUGCAGAGGUAUCUUAUCGCCUCUUAAAGCUCUCUCUCUUCGAUCCCCGGAGCAAAAGAAGUCCUCAGAUCCUGUAUUUACCAUCAAAUCCUCUGCUCUUCAGAACAGACUCAACUCUGUCCUCUUGGAUCGGAAAUUUGAUUUUCCUAUUCCAAAACUACCGCUAAAAACCUCUGCAGAGAUAAAGACAUCGCCGAAACCUCAAAAAUCUUCUCCCAAAAGAGCAAUUUCAGCUCCGAAAACAGAGGUUACAUCUCCAAAUAAAAAGAAGAAACAAGAUAAUGAAGAAAAUGAGGAAAACACACCUCCAGUUCGAUCUCCAAAAAAAUCGCCGAAAAAAGUUCCCCAAUUUGGCACCCGCGUUGUUUUACGAGAGUUACAAAACGUCCCGGUUCAGAAACCCCUUAGUGAUGUCAUAAUCAACACCCCAACACCAGUUCAAGAAAAUCUUGAAAUUAUUUCGACGUCUGUAAAAACGCCUCGAACACAAAAAGCGAAAAAACUUGACAAAACUGCCGUUUUCAACUCAGUAAAGAACGCUUUACACAACGCUGCUCCGAAGCGCUUGAUUGGUCGAGAAUCCGAACUUAAGGAAAUUGAAGAUUUUAUCGAAGAUUUGGUGGAGACGAAAAAGUCUGGAAGUCUUUAUAUUUCCGGAGCACCCGGGACUGGGAAGAGUGCUUGUCUCUCGCAAGCUUUGUCUGAUCCAAAGGUGACAUCGAAACUAGCUCAAUCUAUUUCCAUCAAUUGUAUGUCAGUACGCACGGCGUCACAAAUAUACCAACAAAUUGCAACGGAAAUGGGGGCCAACAGUAAGGAGUCAAAAUCUGCACGAACAGCGCUCAAAUUUAUUGAAAAUGAUCUUACAACGCGAGAAUCUAUGAUCUUACUCCUCUUGGAUGAGAUGGACCAGCUUGACAGUCGUAAUCAUGAAGUUCUUUACACAAUGUUUGGAUGGUCAGCUCUUCCUAAUUCCAAAGUCAUUCUGAUCGGGAUCGCCAACUCUCUAGAUCUGACCGACCGUAUUUUACCGAGACUCCAAGCACGAUUAGAAUGUAAACCAAAACUUCUCAAUUUUAAACCGUACAGCAAAGACCAGCUGGCUAAUAUUUUACAAGCUCGUAUUUCUAAGGCAUCGCGUGGCCACGAUGACAUCAAGGUAGUCGACGCAAUGGCCGUUCAAUUUUGCGCUCGUAAAAUCGCUGCCACAUCUGGAGACGCUCGUAAAGCGCUCGACGUUUGUCGUAGGGCUGUCGAACUCGUAGAAACUAAUUCUCUCGGCAACACUGCUGAAUCAACAACAAAAGUCGGAAUUCGACAAAUCUCUUCAGUGAUGGACGGAGUUUAUGGCAAUGUUUACUCGUCACAUGGUGGUGCCACAGAGGCGGACGAUGCGUUUCCGUUACAACAAAAGUUGGUGGUGUGUUCGUUGCUACUACUGUGCAAGAAAACGAAAAGUUACGAGGCUCCUUUGGGAAAGCUUAGAGAAACAUACACUACAAUAUGCAAGGACAGACAAGUAUCUGCAGUAAGUCAAUCAGAAUUUCAUUCCCUAUGCGACCUUGUUGAAGCCAGAGGACUUGUUUCAUUACGUCGACAUAAACAGCCACGUCUUGCAAAGAUCAAGUUAAAUGUUGAUGAAAAAGAAAUCGAAUUUGCUUUAAAAGGAAAAGCACUUUUAUCUUCUAUUCUCCAACGAGGAAUUUCGAAGUGAUGUCUUUUUAUCUUUUAUUGUUUUAUGACGCAUGUACUGCCAUUAUGACGUAAUACUGCCGUAUUUUUACGCAAGAAUUUUUAUCGAAAAACUGCCGAUUUGUUUUGUUUUUAGUUCGUUUUUUUUUUAUGCCUUUAAUGCGGAAUAAUAAAUGCUUUUACCUUA